GUCGGAGCGCGGCCGGCCGGGGCGCGGCGCGGCGCACGCGGGGCCAUGUGGGCGGCGGCGGCGGUGGCGGCGCGGGGGCUCCGCGGAGCCCGGCUCAGCUCCUGGCUGCCCCAGAGUGUCCCGCUCCGAGGGAGUCACUGGCAGAGCUCAUUGUUGGAGUUCAGAACAUCCCUCCCUGUAAGAGCACAACCAAAGAAGAAGAAGAAAGUGGAUGUGAAGAAAGAGCAAGCACAGAGAGAGCGUAUGAAGAAAAGGCUUAAAAAGUUGGAAAAAGCUGCCCCAGAACUGAUUCCAAUUGAGGAUUUUAUAACACCACUUAAGUACUCAGAGAGCAACAGGGUGCGAAGUCUUCCCCCUCUUUCUCCUGAAGAGUCUGAAAGAAGAGUUUUACUUUUGAAGAAGUGGUGCUUGUUUAAGCAGAAACAAGAUGAGGCAGAAAAGAAAGCGAUUAAGGCGCUUGUAGAAUCGCAGCAGGAGGCGCUGAAGGAACUGCGCCUGGAAUCCGAGGAGCUGUACCAGGCAGCAGUCCGGAGGGACGAGGGGCUGUUCCCCUUCGAGAGGGACGGACCCACUUACACCCCUCCCCUUCCUGGCUAUGAUCCCCCCGAAGGGAAGUGCGUUGACAUCACCAAGGUGUACACACAGUGAUGGAGGAGCUCCUGCUUCAGCUGCCAGGCGGUGCUCAGACUGAAGGGAGAAAGAUUGGAGUAAGAAUAAACUGUUUUACCUGCAGGUUACAACACUGCAGGAUGUGACUGUAAAAAAAAAAUAAAUGAAGUAUCUUUGUGUUUUAAUGAUUGUCCAGGUAAUAACACACCUUGCAAAGCUACACGACCUUACAUAGCACCAAUUUUUUUUUUAUUAUAUUGCCAUGUAACUGUUGUAACUAAGUUUCUGUGGGUUUGCCCUAAUACAAACCAGAUCUCUCUCUA